ACCAGUCCACGCCACUCCAGUUCGCCAUGGACGAUGAUAUUGCUGCGCUCGUCGUUGACAAUGGCUCCGGCAUGUGCAAGGCCUGCUUCGCGGGUGACGACGCCGCCCGGGCCAUCUUCCUUUCCAUCGUGGGGCACCUGCAGCAUCAGGGUGUGAUGGUGGGCAUGGGCCAGAAGGACUCCUACAUGGGCGACAAGGCCCAGAGCAAGAGAGGCAUCCUGACCCUGAAGUACCCCAUUGAGCACGGCAUCAUCACCAACUGGGACGACAUGGAGAAGAUCUGGCGCCACACCUUCUACAACGAGCUGCGUUUCACCCCUGAGGAGCACCCCGUGCUGCUGAUCGAGGCUCCCCUGAACCUCAGGACCAGCCAGGAAAAGAUGACCCAGAUCAUGUUCGAGACCUUCAACACCCCAACCAUGUAUGUGGCCAUCCAGGCUGUGCUGUCCCUGUAUGCCUCUGGCCGCACCACUGGCAUCGUGAUGGACACUGGGGAUGGGGUCACCAGCACUGUGCCCAUCUAUGAGGGGUAUGCUCUCCCCCACACCUUCCUGCCUCUGGACCUGGCUGGCUGGGACCUGACAGACUACCUCAUGAAGAUUCUCACCGAGCGUGGCUACAGCUUCACCACCACGGCCAGGCGGGAAAUUGUGCAUGACAUCAAGGAGAAGCUGUGCUACAUCGCCCUGGACUUCGAGCAGGAGAUGGCCACCGCCGCAUCCUCCUCCUCCCUGGACAAGACCUACGAGCAGCCCGACUGCCAGGUGAUCACCAUUGGCAACGAGUGGUUCCGCUGCCCCAAGCCUCUCUUCCAGCUUUCCUUCCUGGGCAUGGAAUCCUGUGGCAUCAAUGAAACCACCUUCAACUCCAUCAUGAAGUGUGAUGUAGACAUCCGCAAGGACCUGUACGCCAACACGGUGCUGUCCGGAGGUACCACCAUGUACCCAGGCAUCACUAACAGGAUGCAAAAAGAGGUCACUGCCCUGGAGCCCAGCACCAUGAAGAUCAAGAUCAUCGCACCCCCUGAGCGCAAGUCCUCUGUGUGGAUUGGCGGCUCCAUCCUGGCCUCACUGUCCACCUUCCAGCAGAUGUAGAUCAGCAAGCAGGAGCACGAGGAGUCCAGCUCCUCUAUCGUGUGCCGCAAUUGCUUCUAGGCUGACUGCCUAGCACCUUACAUCCUUUCUUGACAAACCUAACGUGCAGAAAACAAGAUGAGAUUGGCAUGGCUUUUUUUGUUUUUUUGUUUU